CCGGGGGCGGGGCCGGGCAGCGCCGCGGUGCGCAGGCGCAGCCGUCGGUGGGUCGGCGUUCGGCCGCCUGAGAGAUCCUGAAAACCCCAGGGCGUUGUCUCUUCCUGUCUCAAGAUGGAUAACAAGAAGCGCCUGGCCUACGCCAUCAUCCGGUUCCUGCAUGACCAGCUCCGGCACGGGGGGCUCUCGUCCGACGCCCAGGAGAGCUUGGAAGUUGCGAUCCAGUGCCUGGAGACUGCUUUUGGGGUGACUGUUGAAGACCACGACCUUGCUCUUCCUCAGACUCUUCCGGAAAUAUUUGAAGCAGCCGCUGUGGGCAGGGAGGUGCCGCGGGACCUGAGAAGCCCCGAGCGAACUUCACCUUCGGAGGAGGACUCGGCUGAGGCAGAGCGCCUCAAAACUGAAGGAAACGAGCAGAUGAAAGUAGAGAACUUUGAAGCUGCCGUGCACUUCUAUGGGAAAGCCAUCGAGCUGAACCCGGCCAACGCGGUCUAUUUCUGUAACAGGGCCGCGGCCUACAGCAAACUCGGGAACUACACUGGGGCCGUGCAGGACUGUGAGCGAGCCAUCUGCAUAGACCCGUCCUACAGCAAAGCCUACGGCAGGAUGGGCCUCGCGCUCUCCAGUUUGAAUAAGCACACCGAGGCCGUGGCCUAUUACAAGAAGGCCUUGGAGCUGGAUCCUGACAACGAGACCUACAAGUCGAACCUCAAGAUAGCCGAGCUGAAGUUGAGAGAGACACCUAGUCCCACAGGAGGUGUUGGCAGCUUUGACAUCGCCGGCCUGCUCAACAACCCCAGCUUCAUGAGCAUGGCGUCAAAUCUAAUGAACAAUCCCCAAGUUCAGCAGCUCAUGUCUGGGAUGAUUUCGGGUGGCCACAACCCCCUGGGGACUCCCGGCACCAGCCCCUCACAGAAUGACCUGGCCAGUCUCAUCCAGGCCGGCCAGCAGUUCGCCCAGCAGAUGCAGCAGCAGAAUCCAGAGUUGAUAGAACAGCUCCGAAGUCAGAUCCGGAGUCGGACCCCCAGUGCCAGCAACGAUGACCAGCAGGAGUGACCAGCCACCUCUCCCAGUGCCGCCAGCUUCUUCCCACCGACUGGAAGCCGUCUCGCAUUUUGCUGUCUUCUCCCCUUGGACCACCCAAGAGAGAAAAAGAAACAGCAACUGGACCUGCAUGUUAAGAUGGAUUUUUAUUACUCCCUUCGCCCUCCCCUCCCUGUUUGUAGUCUCCCACAGCCCCCAGACCCUUCUCGAAACAGAGCCAGCAAGCUGUGAAUGCAGACCAGCACUGAUCUCUCCCAGCCCCCUGAAAACCCAGUCACGAAAGCGUUUUCUAGACUGUCCAGGGCGGGGGUCGUCCUAGGCCACUUUCCAGGAAGCAGCCUGUUUUGUGUCGAGCCAUGUCAGGGACACCCAUGGCUCCCAGAGCCCCUCUCUGCAGCCCCUGCGGUCUGUCUUCAGUGGAGACAUGAGAAGCCACUUGUAGGCCACAACCUCGGCCUCCCCAGCUGCGCCCUGCUCGGGUGAGCUCACUGCCAGCUGCGGUCUGGGCACUGGUGGCCGCCCUGCCCCUCGGACUGCAGGUUUUCAUGUGAGGAGGUCUUCAGAUGCAUUUUCCUAAAGGACGAUUUCUGUGACCUUGUGCCCCAGUUGGGAGCAGGGGCGGGACUGUCCUGGGGCGCACAGGACCAGGUACUGGGACUUUUCUUCCAGUCGAGCAUUUUGAUGGACAUGUGUCUCAUCUCUGAUCCUCCUUUCCCAGUACUCAUGACCCACAGACCCCAAGGGGCAGAUCAUGACCUUUCAGCCUGUCUCCAGCCAGGAGUCCAGCCCACUGCCCUUCUGCCC